GUUCGUUCCUGAAAAAUUUGAGGAGUUAUUCAAGAAGCACGGACGAACAAACGCGAACGCGUUAACCGGAGAUGAAUUAGAUGAACUGCUCAAGGCAAACAAGCAACCCAAGGACUUUUCUGGACAUAUUGCAGCUAAAUCAGAGUGGAAAAUACUUUUUCUCCUUUGCAAAGACGAACAUGGCAUGUUGCCCAAAGAGACAGUUAGAAGUGUUUAUGAUGGCAGCCUUUUUGAACAAAUGGCUCAAGAAAAGCAAUCCAAGAAACACAAGGGUAAAUCAAGUACCUAAAAGGUGCAGAACUUUGAGUUUGUAAAUAUGAGUUGUGGUGUUUGUUUCUUUGUAAAAUAUAAUGAAAUGAAAAGAAGUAUUACCUCGA